UUUUAGUUGAUGAAAACAUGAAUAAAUAUGGAAGCAGGCUUUUUGAGGAGCUAAGAGCUAAAAUUUUGGAAAACUGUAAAUUGUAUGAACUAUUUUGCAGUGUUGUACACUUGUGCAGGGUAACUAAUCAAGAGCUUGAUGAAAAACAUGCUACUCAACACUCUGAUUACAAUCAGACAGUAGUUCAAAUUAUCUUCAAAAAAUUAUCAAACUGUUUUUGAUGGUGAUAGUGCAUCAGUUUAGGAAAGAUAUUUUGGAAGCAUUUAGCAUACAAAAAACAUGGCUCAUAGGAAACAGGUGAGGGUGUCUGAAAAAUCAAAAGGAAAAGCUAAAGUUAGAUCUCAAAAAGAUGAUGGGGAAAGGCCAACUUCUUCAAAAGACACAAGUUUUGUCACAAGUUAUAUCCAGGAACUUACAUGUAGCUCAUCAAAGCCAAAACGAAAAAGAAAAAAGUACUAAAAAUAGUGAAAAUUUAGACACAUUAAGUAGUGAAAGUAGUGACGAAAAUGUAAAUCUUGACAUUCAGGUUGAAAAAAACAAAAGAUCCGGAUGUUAACGUUGAACCAGUGGAAGAUGCUGAUGAAGAUGAUGAAGUACCAUGUCAAGUUUGUAAUUUAAAUCAGAAUCAAGCUCGUGCACAAACAGAAUGGAUUCAAUGUGACAGUUGUAAUGGUCGGUUACACCGAAAAUGUGCUGGGCUUCAGCAUCAUCUCAGAUGGAAAAAAUUUAACCGUAAGGGCGUACAGUUCUUCUGUCAAAAAUGUGAAUGAAUAAAAUAAAUCCAGACAGCUACAUUUUCCUAGAGAGUACUAUAUCAGAAAACAUUGAAGACUAAAAUCUGGAAAAAAAACAAAGAAAGAUGUAAAUAAACUGUUUUAAAAGUUAUAAAACACCAUUAACAAGUUACAACAGACAUUUUCAGGUUAGACGAUCUCACACAACGUAAUCUGAGAGUAGCAGAUUUAGUCGAAAUCAGAGAAAACAAUGUUUUCCGAAAAAAAAAUUAUUUCUACUGUUUACAUUUAGCGUGUUUGAAUAUUCCGCCAAUCUUUGUACAGGCGCACAUAAUAUACUUACAUUAAAGGCAGUGAAAGCCGGGCCCAGACACACCUCCGCCGCUGACCAAUGAGACGUCGUCUUACAAAAUCUCCCGAAGCAUGCGCGUUGGAUUAGCAUGGCCGCGGAAGGACGAUUGUAAACACAUCGCGAAAAAAACAGAUAAAGAAGGCAGGGCAAGAAAUGGUUGUCCACACUCUGGACAAAAGAUGAGCAUGCUUUGAUGGAACAUCAUUCAGUUCCUAGAGACAAAAAUUGAGUCAUCCUUUCUUGAUUCUGUUUUUAGUGUGCCCGGGUAUAAGUUGGAAAGGCGCGACAGAAAUAGAUAUGGUGGAGGCGUUGCCUCCUAUAUACGUUGUGACAUUCAUGCUAAAAGGCACAGGGAUCUAGAAUGUAAUAAACUAGAAAAUAUAAUAUAUGAGAUAUGAGGUGACUCUUAAUAAAGUCAAAUGGUGCUUUAUUUGUGUCUAUAGGCCACCUGGUCAGCCGGACAGUGAGUUUAGUGAUCUGUUUAGUAAAACCUUGGGUAAGUGUAUCACCCAUUUUGAUUUUUAUAGUACCAUUGGUGACCUUAACUAUGAUCUAUUAACACAAUCUAAAUGUAGAACACUGACUUAUAUUAUGGAGUUAUUAGAUCUUACAAACAUUGUUAAAAAUGCAACUUGUUUUAUGAAAAACUGCCAACCUUCACUUUUAGAUGUUAUUUUACCAAACUCAAAAAAAAAAAAAAUAUGUAUGAAAACGUUUAACUUUGGUACUGGAGUAAGUGAUUGUCACAACAUCAUAGGCACAGUCAUAAAUAGUAAUACUACUAAGGAUGAAAAGAAAAAAAUACAAUAUAAAAGUUUUAGAAAUUUUAACUCGGACGUUUUUAAUGAGAAGAUAUCUAACAUAAAAUUACAAAUACAAGAAAACCCAGAUAGUAUAAAUCCUGAAAAUAUAAACAUGUUGUAUGACGGCUUUGAAUCAAACAUAAAACAAAUUAUUGAUGAUGAGAUUCCAACAAAACAAAAGUAUCUGAAAAAGACACAAGUGCCAUAUAUGAACAGGGAUCUGCUAAAAGCUAUUUAUAAAAAGAAAAUGAACUAUACAAAAUAUUUGAAAAAUAAAAACUCUAAAUCACGGAAAAGAUAUAGAAAAAGUAGAAACUAUGUAAAUAAACUAAAAAAGGUCUCAAUAAAUAAAUAUUUCCAAGAACGCUGUAUUGGCGAAUGCAAAAACACUGACUUUUGGAAAACUAUUAAAGCAUAUUUGUCAAAAAAGUCUAGUAUCACAAACUCUAAAAUUAUACUUAGUUAUGAUCAAAUUAUCUCGACCGAUACUGAAGCCUCAGAAAUUUUUAUCAGUUUCUUUGUAAAUGUAGCUAAAGAUAUUGGUAAAGAUGCUCCCUUUGAUAAAGAAACACAUCCCAGUAUUCAGAAAAUUUCCUUGCAAAAAUUUCUUCACGGUGCUUUCAAUUUUAAACCAAUCAGUCAAGGAGCUGUAUCCAAAAUCAUAGAUAAAUUCAACAGUAAGAAAGCAACAGGGGUAGACAAAAUAUCAGCUAAAAUUUUGAAACUUGGAAAAUCAUCAUUAGUACCAUUUUAUACAGACUUAAUUAACCUUUCAAUCAAAUCGGAAAUUUUUCCAGACCGAUUAAAACAAGCGCAAGUAACUCCAAUUUUUAAGAAAAACGAUCCUCUGACCAAAUCAUAGACCUGUAAGUAUUCUGCUUGUAUCAUCAAAAAUGUUUGAAAAAGUUUUGGCUGAGCAAUUAGCACUUUCCUUUUAAAACAUCUUCGAUAAAUUCUUAUGAGCAUUCAGAAAAGGACAUGGCUGUCAAACCACCCUAUUAAAACUUUUGGAAAACUGGAAAGAAGCUCUUGACAAUAAUCAUUAUGUUGCUGCAAUCUUAAUGGACCUCUCAGAAGCUUUUGACUGUUUACCCCAUGAAAUUGUACUCUGCAAACUCUCUGCAUACGGUUUAUCUGAUCAAUCUAUAAAAUUAAUGUCAUUAUAUCUAUCUAAUAGGAAACAGCAAGUUAAAAUACCAAAUGUGGUUAGUAACUGGGCUGAAAUUAACAAAGGUGUUCCUCAAGGUUCAAUUUUAGGCCCCCUUCUUUUCAAUGCUUUUAUUAAUGAUAUCUUUUAUUUCAUUAAGGAAGGAAAUCUCUUCAAUUAUGCAGACGAUAACACUCUGUCUUUUCAUACUCCUGAUUAUCAAAAACUAGUUACUUUUCUGCAAAAAGAAAGCCAAAUUCUUAUGCAAACUCUCCGCAUACGAUUUAUCUGAUCAAUCUAUAAAAUUAAUGUCAUCAUAUCUAUCUAAUAGGAAACAGCAAGUUAAAAUACCAAAUGUGGUUAGUAACUGGGCUGAAAUUAACAAAGAUGUUCCUCAAGGCUCAAUUUUAGGCCCCCUUCAUUUCAAUGCUUUUAUUAAUGAUAUCUUUUAUUUCAUUAAGGAAGGAAGUCUCUUCAAUUACGCAGACGAUAACACUCUGUCUUUUCAUACUCCUGAUUAUCAAAAACUAGUUACUGUACUUCAAAAAGAAAGUCAAAUUCUUAUUGAAUGGUUCCAUAUAAACUGUAUGCAGGAAAAUCCUAAUAAAUUUCAAGCGAUAUCUGUAGGUAAGAAGACUCAUGAUAAAAAUCCAACUUUUCAAAUAGGUGACAGCUCAAUUAAAUGUGAUGAUGUAGUAAAAUUACUUGGUGUGGAAAUUGAUUUUAACUUAACCUUUGAUCAACAUAUAACUAUGUACAAUUUGUAAAAAAGCUGCACAACAAAUUAAUGUUCUAAAACGGAUUGGUAAACAUCUCAGUAAAUUAAAUAGACUUACAAUCUUCCAUAGUUUUAUCUUAUCAAAUUUUAAUUUCUGUCCUUUAUCAUGGCAUUUCUGUAGUGUUACAAAUACUAAAAAAAUUGAAAAAAUUCAAGAAAGAGCCUUAAGAUUUGUAUAUGAUGAUUAUGUAAGUACUUAUGACCAGUUACUAGUGAAAGCAAAAUUACCAUCAUUGCAUGUAAGAAGACAAAGAACUAUGGCUAUAGAAACUUUUAAAAUGUUAAAUAAUUUGGCACCUCCAGUUCUAUCUGAUCUAAUAAAUAA